AUGGUUAACACCUCUUAUGCCCUUGUGCUCAGUGGUGUGCCUGCUGAUGCAGAUGUCAUGGCUACUGAAGAUGCUGUCCAGACAGUAAAGGUUUUUGGAAGAGUUCGUGUAAGGGGCAAAAAGUACAACUUGCAGAUGAUAUGUAACUUGGUGCUAUAUGAGUGCCUCCAGCCUUUAAACCCGUAUCACACUCCUCCUGAGAUCAUAUCUUCCAGUGGAGAGCCCUGGAAAACUAUACUGCUUACCCUGCCUGUGAGUCGUCCUGAUCAGUUUUCUGAGAAAAUCAGUAGAUUAUUUAGUGAGGAAGGAAAGACUAUGGAAGAUGUCAAAGCUCUUUUCUCCCAAAAAUCUGCCCAAACAAGUUCACCUGAUAAUAUUAUCAGAGCAGUUGUAGAUUUGCUUGAGAAAGCUAUGAGACCUACCAACAAUGCUUUCAGAUGCUUGAGAACUUUCUCAGGGAAAGUUUCUUCUCCUCCUGGUGAAGAGAGCUUAGAACAUUGGCUUGAUCAAGCCCAAUUAACGAUUGAGGAGUGUAGUUGUUCCAACAAAGAGAAACGUACCAGAAUUGUUGAAUGUUUGAAAGGCACUGCCUUAGAAAUUGUUCAAGCAGUGAGGUUAGAUAACCCUGAUUCCAGUCCUUCCGAAUACUUGCAGGCAUUGGAAAAUGUCUUUGGAACUUCUGAGUCUGGGGAGGACCUGUAUUUUGCUUUCAGAACAUUGCACCAACAGUCUGGUGAAAAGCUUUCUGAUUUCUUACAGAGAUUGGAGAGAUCUCUCAGAAAAGUCAUGCAAAGACUGUAG